UUAUUAAAUUCUAAGCCCUUUUAAAAUUUGUCUCGUGAUCCUCAUUUUAAAAUCUUAGCUCAAGACAAAACGUUUUAUUUGUAAUGUUACAUUAGAUUAAGGGUUCGCCAGCUCAGUAUACGUUCGUCACCUGUUAUUGUAUAACGUCGGUAUUUUUGGUUUUUAUGUGCACCUAUUUUCCGUAUUUGUGAAAUACGUAUGACGUCUCAUCAACUCCGCCUUAUUCCAGUGUUAUAAAACGGGACUUGAGAAGUUGAGAGUCAAGAGUUGAUAUUCUGCUUUGAACUCUAUAGUACUGUAGGUUACAGUCGCAAAAAUGAAUGAUCAGCGUUUUCCUUUACGUGUUAGACUCACUGGAGUGAUGUACAAGGACGCGGACAAGAGGUUCCUGACUGUGGUGCUUUGGUCAGAUGAGAGUGAAAUUAUUAUUUACAGGUCUUUUCAGGAAUUCAAGAAACUGCACAAGAGUUUGAAACGGAAACUUGCUACAGAAAGCCGGUUUCGUAAAUCAGAGCGGGUCCUUCCCAGGUUUCCAGCAAAAACCAUAACGCAUAACCUUCAAAGAAAGGGUCCGAGCAGGUCGAUGCUCCGCUUGAAGUACAUGGAGAAUUACUGUACCGAGCUGUUGGCAUGUGGACACAACAUCGUUCAGAGUUUCGAGAUGAUACAGUUCUUCACGCCGCAAAAUCACGAUCUACAACCGGAUUAUGCUAAAAAUAGUAUUGUAAUCAUGCCAUCGGAAGACAUCGGAAGCCAAGACACAGAUUAUGUGGACAGCAAGCGUCUCAGUUUUGGUAACAUAUCCCAGCCCUUCCUAUCUGAGACGUACCGUUGUGUCGGCGCAUACGAAACCAAAGAUACAAAGAACAGGCCGUUCAGCGUAGCUGUAAACGAGACUGUGGAUGUGCUCAUCAAAGACAAAGGAGGCUGGUGGCUUGUGGAGAACACGGAGAAGCACCUGGCUUGGUUCCCGGCGCCUUAUCUAGAGAGCUGCGAGGAUGAUGAUGAAGAAGAUGACCUGAGUGAGUGCCCUAUGGAAGGCAGGCUGUACUGUAUGGCAAGAUGCUAUCGGGCCACCAAAGAAGACGAGGUGUCUGUGAACAUCGGCUCUGUCGUCGAGGUGCUUCAGAAGUCUGCCGACGGCUGGUGGUUCAUCAGGCACAAAGGAAAUGCUGGCUAUGUGCCGUCCAUGUAUCUACGGCCAUACUGCAACCCCCACUUGCGCUUUCAGGCGCUACAGAAGGACAUGCGCAGCUCCAGCCUAUGUCUGGCACAACUGCACCUCCAAGAGGCAGCGCCGGGUCUUACUCCACCCAAGGGGGACAGCCUCAGGCCCACCUUCAUACCAAGGUCCCAGUCCAUGGAACUUCUGUCUGCUAGCCCCAUCCGAUCAAUCACGGAGGAGCCAGCAACAGGCAAAGAUUGCGAAGGCAGGCCGAGCGUGGCCAGCGAGGGCAGUGAGCUGAGCUUUAGCGAUGACUGUGGUUCCCUCUGCGGCAGCUCCGUCAGCACAAGCUGCUCUGACAAAGAGGAGCAGAGGCCAGGCUCCCAGGCGGCCAACAGCCAUGGUGACCAGGCCGAUGGGCGAAAGCUGUCCAGCACCACCUCAGUUCCGAAGGUGCCUCCACGCCCAAGAGUCCAGGAGAUUUUAUCCCGCUGUACAACUAUUACUCGCAAGGCUGCCCAGACCUACGUAGCCAGCCAGUUAAUGGAACAUGGAGAGAGAGAGAUUUGCUAAACUCCAGGUACAGGACAUUAAUAAGCUUAGGCCUAAAGUAUUAUCUGUUUCAGUUAUGAUGUUUAUAACUUUAUAUUUAUGAAAUACAAAUUUUUAAUGAAAUAGUCUAUUUUAUACUGUAGUCCAAGUUUUUAUUUUAUAAGCACAGUAAUUCAUUUUAGGCUGAUUUCUAGAAGAUGAUUAAAUGUAGUAUCACAUGAAUUUUUUUAUAUUUAUAAGUUUAGUUAGUAUUUCAAAUACUGUGUUAACAUAAAUGUCCGGCAAAGAUGGUUUCUGUAGUGCUCAUUUCUCUUCAUAUGCUGUCAUACAAUGGUCUAAUCUUUAUUCAAAUAUUCCUUUAUCAUUUGUUUUUUCCAUACUGGAAAGCAUUCUUGUGUUUUAUAUGCAUCUUACUCCUCUGCUGUUAUUCAGUUCACUGUGCCACAGUAAAUUAUUCUGCAAAGCUAUAUAUUUAUUGAUAGUACCUAAUAAAAUUGUGCAAUUUCAGUA